CUACGCUGUAGCGAACCCGUUUAACAACACAGGGGACGGAGGAAAUCGAAGUGGCGGAGAAAUAGUCGAGAUGCUUUCGGUCGGACACGGAUGGCGAUAUGAGAUUGGCCAAAAUGAGAACCAAGGAUGGAGCCCCGGGAGCACCACACCAGUCAAUUCAAUCGAGUCGUUACUACACCAAAGGCAAUUCUAAGGAUUCGAAGAAUACCAAUGAAAGUUUCUCUCGUCUAUGUAAAAACCCUAUCAUUGACCAAGGAGAUGGACAAACCUUGCCAAAGUACAUCUGGCGAGGAAAAGUGCGUUGGUAUACUAAGUUCCUUAUUAUAAUGCUUAUCAAAAGUCGUUGUGGCAGAAGAGGAAGAGAGUUCUCUUGUAGACAGUCUGUCCGAAUCAAAUUGCGGACUAACCACAGGACAAAUUUCUUAUUUUGGUCCAGAUAAGCAAUCCUACAUUGAAGCAUGAAGAUUUAAUAGAGGAUUAUUGAAGUCGUGCAAAAAUCAGCUUGAAUUAGGACCGAAUCCUACUUUGCCUAUUCUGGUGCUGUCGG